AUGGCUAUUCUGAUCCUGUCGCAAGGAAAAUGUGGACUUUCGAAAUGUAUCACCCACUACCUGGUGGCCAUGGCAGUGGCAGAUCUCCUAGUCAUUUUCACGGAUGUGAUAUUGUCUACAGUUAUUCCUUUUCACUUCCAAGGUACUUACCUGGAGACCACACCAGCACGCUCCCUCUUACAUGUCCUGCUUUCUGCAACUACAGACAUUUCUGUUUGGUUCACUGUCACCUUUACCAUUGACCGAUUUGUUGUAAUUUGUUGCCGGAAGAUAAAAACAAAAUAUUGCACAAAGAAAACUGCAGAUCUGUUCAUUACAACAGUAAGUGUACUGUUCUGCAUGAAAAAUAUUCCUUGGUACUUUGUAUACGACCCUGAAUAUGUAGUUGACAAUGUACCCUGGGGCUGCACCCUAUCGCUGAAUUUUUACACUGAAACUAUGUGGGUUGCAUUUCACAGUAUUAGUAUUAUUUUAACUCCUUUCCUCCCAUUUAUUCUGAUUUUAUUGCUUAAUGCUCUGACUGCCAGACACAUUUUAGUGACCAGUAGAAUCCGUGGGAAGCUAUUGGAUCACAGCAAGAGUGAGAAUCACACUGACCCAGAGAUGGAGAGCCGCAGGAAAUCCAUAAUUUUACUCUUCACCAUAUCAGGCAGUUUUAUACUCUUAUGGAUGACUUAUGUGGGCUUUUUCUUUUAUGCACGAAUUUCAAACAUUUCUGGUUACACGGGUCCCCAUGAUCCUGUGUAUAUCACUGAACAAUCCAGCUACAUGUUGCAGCUUUUGAGUACCUGCACCAACACCUGUAUUUAUGCAGUGACCCAGACUAAAUUCAGAGAGCAGCUGAAGAAUGCAUUCAAAUACCCAUUCACGUCAAUUGGAAAAUUACUGAAAUGA